CUGCUCUGUCCUGUUCCAGGGUCCCCGCUCUGUGCCCUCUGCGGGUGAGAGGGAGCAGCGUGGCCAGCUCCCGGCUAGAGCAGCGAGGUCCCGCGUGUGCCUUCUGGGCAUCAAAGAUUGGCACCCAUUGGGGACAAAUAAACCCGGUGUGACAGGAGAAUGUGACUCUUGUCCUGCCCCAGAGAAGCAAGUCACUGAGUGUGGAAAACUAUAGCCAUGGAAACCCCAAAAUCUGAGAACAAAAAGAGGGUCCUUCCCUCGUGGAUGACAGCCCCUGGGGAUGAGCGGAGGGAGCUGUCAGCGAAGACACCCAAAAGGAAGAGGAGAGCGGCUGUGCAAGAUGGAGCAGCAACAAGGGCCCCUGCAACGAAGACCGUGUACUGCAUGAACGAACCUGAAAUGGUCGAUGUGGCCCUGGGGAUCCUGAUUGAGGACCGGAAACAGGAAACACAGUCUCUGGAGACCGCUGAUAGACUGCAGCUCUCCCUUCCCUACUCGGCAUCUCCUCACACCAGUUCCCCCGGGAGCAGCAGUGAGGAAGAGGGCAGCGGGAGCAGCUCGCCUGCUCUAGACCUGAGCCCUUCCCGGGGGCCAGAAGCUGCCGACUCGCCUUGUAGCAGCAGCCCGCAGGAGGAAAAGGAGGAGGAAGAUGUGUUAAAGUCUGUCAGGAAGAUAUUUUUCAGUUGAUGUGAACUGUUCACUGGACUCUCUGCUGAGUGCGGUGGGGUCUGUUGAGAACUCAGGAUACUGCCUACCUCUGCUACCAUUGAAAACCAGGCCUUGCUUCCUGCUUCCAGUCCCAGGAGGCUUUCAUUGGGGGGGGGGGGGUCUCUGAAUGGGGGGACAUAUUGCAGGAUGCACAAAUGCAUCCCAUUAGAGUCUCGUCCUGCACUGCCCUCUAUCUCAGAGGGUCUGGCAUCCCAGCCCUGGGUUUUAUUCAAGUACCAGCAAAAAUGAGGUCAGGAGCUCACUUGCUGGAAGCGAAGUUAUAGAUGCUGAGAACGCUGGCCUUCCAGAUGGGCAGCCAGAGCUCACCCUAAGGAGGAAGCCUGUGCACAUCUCCGUCAUGACAUAGUCCAGCAACCGACUUCCCCCACCAGCCCAAAACCCUGGCGGCUGCCCACAGUUCCCUGCCAGACUAACGGCAGGGGGUUCUCCCAGACUGGGGAGCCAAACAGGCCCUCUCUACCACCUGUCCCCUCUCUGCCACUCAGGGACUCCCCCGUGGGAGGUGGGGACAAGAGACACUGAGGACAAAA